CGCAAACUCAAUUGCUCAUGCUCAAUGGAACAACCACAGAAGGUGUCGUCAAAGGGGCAUGACCUCGUUGCACAGAAGAGAGUCGCUGUUAUUGGCACGGGGCUCGCUGGACUGACCACGGCCUAUCUCUUGCGCAGUGAUGAACAAGAACGGUAUUCGGUGACGUUGUUUGAGCAGGCCGACCGCCUUUCUUUCGAUUCCGCAUCUGUCACCGUCAAGAAUGGAGAAACCGGAUUGACUGAGCGCAUCGACUUGCCCAUGCGCGCAAACGCUGGCGGCUACUACGAUCACUUACUGCGCAUGUAUCACCACCUUCAAAUCCCCCUGCACCCGACCCGCUUCCUUUUUGUCUUUGCAAAGGCAUUCCCAACGAACAGCGAUGGAACGAACCGACCCGACGAGAGCUAUUUCGUGCACGCCUCGAACUUGCACCAGAUGCCACCCCCGUGGCCUGGAAAUCGCAGUGUGCUGGCCCACAUCAUCGAGAUCCUGUACCUGAUUGUCUGUCAAUUCUGGUUCACGCUGGCGUGCUUCCUUGUUUCCCCGUUGGAGGGACACGCGACGGCAUCGGGAUACGGCGAGUCGCUGGCCGAUUACCUCGAGAGAAUACGACUGCCCCGACGAUACACAUCGCAUUACUUGCUCCCACUGCUGAGCGGAGUGUCGACCUGCUCUCACGACGAGCUCCUUGCCUUCCCUGCGAGCGACAUUGUCAAUUACAAGAAGCGCUCCCACGGGCAGCAUCACUACACGGUUUGUGGAGGUGUCUCGCAGGUGCAGGCCAGGUUGACAACUGGCGUGGAGGAUGUGAAUCUGAACAGUCGAGUGAUCGAAGCAGCGCCAGGUGCAGACGGGGAAUCGGUGAUCGUUCGCUGGCAAUCGACGGUCGACGGGUCAUCGCGCAUCGAGGAGCAGGUUUUCGAUCGUGUGGUCCUUGCCGUGUCGCCGGAUGUUGCUGGGGCAAUCUUCAAGCCGCUGCGACCGACACUCGAAAGACUCCCGACACGCCGCGUCGAGAGUUCCGUCCUGAAGCCCCAAACCGGAGCAAAUAUGUGCGUAGUCAAGGACAGCGACAAGAGUGUCAGCUCCUGCAUGCAUCACCUCGCCGACACGUCGCCAUCUGAGACCAUCACGCUGAGGACGCUAUUCCCCAAGUCAGAUAGCGCCCGGACCGAGGCCCUGCACACGAUGCCAAGCCGAGUCGUCGUCAGCACAUGCCCCUUGCAAGAAGACCAAGAAUUGAAAGCCACCACCCUCCGCCGAGCGAGAUUCACAAGGACGCUGCGGAGCACCGAGGGCCAGGCCCUGGUGCAGCAGCUCGUAGGGGAUUCGAGGUCCGCCAAGAAGGAUGAUGACACGGCGGCUGCUUGGGUCAACGGGCAGGACAACGUCUGGUUGGCGGGGGCCUGGUGCUGGGACGGCAUGGUUCUUCUUGAGGGAUGCGUCGUGUCAGCAAUGAGGAUCGCGUCAGAUUUUGGGGUCGCGAUUCCGUGGGAGGAAUAA